CUGUACCGUAUAAUUAGAGCUACCCCUUCAUCCAAACCACUCCAUCGCUCGAAGCAUCUACGAUACUUUUCAUUAUCAUUAGUUUAUUUGCUAGCGUUACAACUAUGGCGCAUGCCUAUCCUUCCUUUCUUCACGAACUGACCCAGAGCUCCAUGUUCAGUGGAGACCUACCAGAGCAAUUCCAGCAGCCCCAGAAGCAGCUGCCUGCGCGACGAACCUCGGUUCCAUUGCCUCCGCCAACCUAUGUGGAAGAUCAAGCCAUCAAAUGUUCGGGAGAAAACGUCUGCUACCAUUGCCGUGCGCGUGGGGCCCUAUGUGUGUAUCUCCCCAAGUCGGAGGUCGAUGGGAGGAAGAGGCGGACAAGGGCCACAAGCCCAUCGGGCAACGAGCAGAACAAUACUGGCACGAACGGGUCCGACGCUCGCAAAAGUCCCAGCUGCGAGGCAAAUAACUUGUCCAUCGAAUCGAAACUCGCGGUGCUACAAGAACAAGUGCGCACGUUUUCCGAAAACCUGCGCUCAAACGACGGGUCUGACAGGCGAAGGGUGACUUUUGCCUCAUCAUCGACAUUGUACACAGUCGACCUCGCAGCCGAAAACGGAGAUGAAACUGAUACCUUUAACAACGGAACUGGGUCUAAUAAUCUCUCACUCUCAGCACAGCUCGUCGACCUCCGAAAACUAGUCCGCCUGAGCUCGGGCCUGUCAAGGCGGCCGCUGCAAAGCGCCGGGUGGAACCGCAUCUUCCCCCUCGAGCUUCCUCACCCUACGAGGCUCCGCUACCUCACCGGGGUCUACUUCCGGGAGAUGGACUCGUUCUUCCCCUUCCUGGACCAGCAUGACACCGACACGAGGGUGUCCAACGCCUUGGAGAAACUGGGCUAUUCGGAUUGCAAUCCCAUUGUCGACGUCGACACUGCCCAUUACCCGAUCAUAGCGCUGCUUUGCAACAUGCUAGUCCUGGGCGAGUGUCAGGAUCCCGAGAUCAAGGGCUGUGACGAUCCGAGGCCAGGAUGGGCCAUGUAUCACCGAGGCCGGAAGAUGAUCCAACAUUGCGGAUCGUUCAAGACGGUGGACAUGGACCUCAUCCGAUACCACACGCUGAGUGCCUUGUACAUGAUGGACUCAGAGCUGCUCCUGUCAGCGUCACACGCAAUCUCGACCGCCGUGCAGCUGGCCAUGGUUGCAAGGCUGAACGACCAGGCAUUCUGGGGCGACUGCACACCCGAGGAGCGACAGGCGCGCCAGAGACUCUGGUGGACCAUUUAUUUCCUGGAUCGUAGAAUUGCCCAACGCAACGGGACGCCGUAUAUCGUCCGCGACACCGAGAUUGCCGUGGACGAGUUUGAAGUGCGCGACAGCGCCGGACAGGCGGCAAAAGAUGCCUCGUCGACGACCCGUGUCGAGAACUACUUCCAGUCUUUGAUCGGCUUCAGCAGGCUUUGGGGCCAGAUCUGGGACACCUAUUAUGCCGCCUCCGCAAGUAAGGGCGGAGAUUGGAGGGAGGUUGCAAUUCAUAUCUUUCGGCGCCAGCUACCGCCCGAAUUGUCGUGGGAUACGAACAAGUCCGCUGGCUAUGUGGCAGAGGGCGAGACAGAGCCAAUGGUGCGCAGGAGGCUAGCCAUAUUCAUUAGAAUCAACCUUUUGCGGAUGAUUAUCCGGCAAAAUCCCAUCCUGUCCUGUGACGGGGAUGAGGAAGCCAGACACUUCUGCGCGCGUCUCGCCAGAAACAGCAUCGACGCGGUCGCAGCCUUUGCCAACUCCUGUCCCAGAAGCCGCACCUCGGGAUACUUCAUCAGCACGGCCCUGGUCGAGUGUAUCUACCACCUGGUGUACAUUCUCCAGGACCGGACCUUGCACAUAGACCGUCUCGCCGUUAUCGACGCCUUUCGCAAAGCCUACCAGCUGCUCUCUGACUUUGCGAGCAGCUGGAUAACGGCCAAGCGGGCGCUACAGGCGCUGUCCUCGGCCAUCUUCUCGGGCGGCGACGCGAACGCGCUUUUCGAGGCCAUAUCAAAACCUCGCAGCGAACAGAGUGAGGGACUGCAAGACACGCCCCGCGACCAAAAUGCCGACUUAGCCAACGACAAUUCUCCCGACAGGGCGUAUGCCGCCGAGCUGUUGUUGGAUUCCACGGCAGAGUUCGGGGGGGAACUGACAUCAUCUCUGAAUAAUAUCCCUUCCAUGAAUCAGCUUUCGGACCAGAUCAUGCAGCAGGAACCACGGCGGCAGACUCAGCCGAGCUACGCCGGCGGGUUUGAAUACGCGCCGACUAUCUAUGGUGAUAUGGACCUAGAUUGUGCACAUGUAUUCUCUACCUUAUAG